ACAAAGAUGGCUGACAUAGCCUGGAUUCUUAUACAAUGUAUAUUCCUGUGCGUAAAAUAUCCUAGACGGAAUGGAUGCUGUGCAAUAUUUACAAUUUAUAUUAUAUUACUCACUCCUGUGUUAGCCUCUUCCAGCAAAACUGCUGGAAUUGAGUUCAGAAAAGUGGAAAAGUUCGGCUCGAAGAGAAGCAUAUCUGGCGAUGCCGACACAGUGUCGAGUUUGACAGCUAAUGUUCGUGGAUGGCUGUCGGAGGCAGGCGGCGAGAAGAUGGCGGAUGGGAGGGUACAUCUGAUUGAAGAUUCCUGCGGCCAUCAGGAUGAGAAAAGUUUCGCCCGACUUCCAAAAGACUGGGUGGGGGUCCUGUACUACGCUGAUGACAUCAUCGACACCAUCACGGACAACGGCACUGCAACCAACUGUCCACAUGUGCUAGACAGGGUGAAGAGUGCUCUGAUGUUUGGUGCUUCAGCGAUCAUCAUCCUAACUCUCAACCCCAAAAUAUUCAAGGAGUUGGAUGUGUCACAACUUUUUUCACAGCCGGUUGUUAUUGUUGAUAACGCUGAAAACGUCACAGCUCUCCUCUCCCUACUGAGAAGCAAGAUGACGCUGAAAGCCCGAGUGCUCGUCAACAUGACAAGGCAGGAACUCCUGAAAUUCCCCACCCUGACCAUGUGGGCGACGUGUGGGAGACAGAACGGACAUGGGGGUAUUGUCUGUCUGGAGAGGAGCAGUGAGGUUGGACAGGGGAAGGCAGAUCCAGGCUUGUUCUGGAACUUCUUCUACACCAUCAUAUUGUUGCUGAUGUUGCUGUACAUGAUGAAGUCUCAGGGCAGGGAUGGAGAAUGGGGUCCGGCCAACAGAGAGCUGGAGGCGUCUCUGCGUCAGCUGGCCUGCCAAGCUCUGUCUAUGAUGAAGACACAGAAAUACCACGCCCACAUGAACACCGGCCAUGAUACGUGUGCCAUCUGCCUUGAUUUAUUCUUUAAAAAACAGAAGAUCCGCGUUCUUCCAUGUAGUCAUCAGUUUCACACCAAGUGUGUUGAUCCAUGGCUGGUUAAAAACAGGACUUGUCCACUGUGCAAGCUCAACAUUAUCGAGCAGUUACAGAGAGACUCCGAAGACGAAGAUUAACCCAACAAUACCACUUUCAUUCAGUGCUGCCACAAGUUGUAGAUGGCCAAGACUAGAUACAUGAUUAUAUAUGAUGUCGUCAGAACCAAGAAGGAGAGUUGUCCUCAAAAACAUCGAGUCUCCCUUAUACUCACAGGGUCACAACCUGACUGGUUUCUGCAAGUGCAUGUAAAUUUGGAUAAGACUGACUGUAUAUGUUCCUCAAUCACUGUAAGCAGAGCAAUGAUGAACAGCAGUGCAAGACUUCACGUUAUUCUGCUUUAGAACAAAUUUACAGAAAAGACUGGAAGCCUCCAUGCAAUGCUGCUCAAAAACAAUAUUGGCGCUUUUUAGGAAGUAGGCUAUCUGUGUGCAACGGAAGAAUUCAUUGCCAUUGAACCUGGAAGUGCGGUGGAGUUUGAGGGGGUGGACGUGGAGUAUAUGCUCGACGUCAUUUCCAAAUGCAAACGUUCCACCCCUGUUGUUAUCGAUUGCCCUGAUUGUCCAGAUCACCCCGUCAUCAGGUUGGGAUUGUUCUAAAUGUAUUGCUUGAUUUGACGGAGUUAUCUCCCUUCACUCCCUCCACAGCCUCAAGCGCCAUUCCAGUGUGUGCUUCCUUUGUUCCCGCCUACUGGUACAGAAAGUGUAGGACUUGCACUGUGUGUAGCUUGCUUGAGCAGCAUCCAGACAUUGACUGUUACUCCCAUCUGUGAUCUGUUGUUUAUUUAUUUGUUGUGUGGUGGUUAUGUUUGUAGUCUAUUUGGACCAAAGCCAAAAUAUACUUGAUUUUGCAUUAUCCUGACCCACACCUAUUGCUUGUCUCAUCUCAUUUCCGAAAGGCAUGGGACCUGAAUAAUGUGAAGCCUCUUACCAGUAAUGCCUGUGAACCACGGUGGCCAGAAUGAGUCAUGCUAUCGACUUCGGACGUACCAGAUUUGACGAUGGUGAUCAUGCAUCGGCUCUCCUUGGUCUAAGUUGGGACUUCAUCACCAAGAUCCAGCAGCCACGGCAACCAGACAGACAAUUCCACAUCCCACCACACGCAUCCAUUCUUGGAUCAUAGGAUACUGAGGAGUUCUCGCUGUGUCCAGCCAGAGCCUUACUCAUAUAUCUGUCUUCAAAGAUCAAGCUCCAGAAGCUCCAGAAGGCAGAAGUUAAAAAGGCUAUUUAUUCCUUUUUCAAGGAAUCCUUCAGCUGAGGUCUCUUCACAAACUUGUCCUUCUGGGUGAGAGCAGUCAUACUCAGAGCAUUCAAGGCAGCAGUGUUAGAUCCACUUCACCAUCUUACUGUGCGAUUCAAGCAGUAAAUUUGAGUCAGGAUAAGGUAAAAUAUGUAUUUUUUAAAGAAAAAAUAACAUUUUUAAUUAUCCUGACUCGUACGCCAUCGCACCCUCCCAGUCAUACACUGAUACGUGUUUCGGUUGUAGGUUUAGAGAGAGUGACGAGCCUACCUGAUUGGUCACAUGCUUCCGGUGCGCAUGUGCAGCUAAGGUGUGCAUGUGCAGCUCAGGUGUGCAUUUGGGUGAGCUGUGUUUUUCCUCCAGGAACACUGUUCAAGAAGUUUCCACUACCUUCGGAAGUGAGAUAAGGAAUAAGUAUGAGUCAGGAUAGGUAGUAAUAAUAUUUUUACUUUAAGAAUUACAUUUUUUGAUAACAUGGACCCUCCAGGUAUGGUUUGGUAUUAUUAUUGUAUAAUGAAAGAAAAUAUUUUUUAAUGCAGAAGGCAUGGUUAGAAUUGAUAUCCGGUGUUUCUUGAACAGAAAGUCAAUAAAGCUUUAACAAUAAUAUUAUACGUAAACUUCUGAGUGGGUAGUGUAAAACAUGUUAGAAUUUUUUACAUCUGUUUCCAGCUGUGAUAGGUCAGUUCAGGUUAUGUGAAACACAAAUACCUAUUGUUGUCUCCAGGUGAAAAAUUAGAAAUAUGAAAAAUAUAAAGUAAAUAAAGCAACUAAUAUAGGAUUGACUUUGAUUGAAAAAUAUCAUAUUUCAUAUACGUAAAGUUAUGAAAAUAAUAUCAUAUACAAUAAUAUCAUGAUAUUAAGAAACAAUUUACAAUGUUAUAAUUUAGUUUUAGUUAUUUUGAAGUUUUCCUCCUAUUUCUUUAUCAUCAUAUAUGUAUAUAUCUUUGUUAUGCAUAUUUUUAUGUAAACUGGGUAGAAUGCAAUUUGUGAAAUACAAGGCAUGCCAUUUGUCUUAAGUGCUAAACAAAGGGUAGAUGGACAAUGGUUACAUUUGUGACCAACUCAUGUUAUUAGGGACAAGCCAAAGAGCGACUCGUGCCGCUCUCGUUGCCAUUUUUACGACUCGAUUCCGUCUAAGCGCAACUGGGAUAGCGAAAAGAUUGAUUUGCAUAUAUUUCCCCCCAUGUCAUGUAUUCCAGAUGCUAUAUAAAACACAUCGGGACUUAUUAUACUGUAUGAUUGAACACAUUUAACUGUAUCUUUGGUCUAAUUUCAAAUGCAAGACAUAUGUAAAAUUAAAAAUUAUUUAUUAGGGAUUCUUUGACCGAAGUACUUGAAGUCAUAUGCACAUUCUGAUUGCUUUGUCGUAUUUUCGCGUAUAACAUUCUGUGAUAGAGGGAUGAGUCUUCUUGCAGGUUACGGAAAGGGAUGAGUGGUGACGAAUGCAAUUGUCACUAACAUGCAGUAUGGCGGACAACUUCAACAUAGUUGUCUCCCUUUAAUGGUUUCCCAGCCUGAUGUUCACAUCCUCUCAGAUAUUUCUGUCUGGCAUUAUUGAACAUUUGACAAGAAUGGGGUUAAUCCAGUGGAAAGUAAUUUUUAGUAAAUAUAAAAGUAGAAUAUUGAUCAGUUUUGUCAUUGUCUGGUAAGUAAUUGAUUAAAACAAUUUGUGCAGAGACACAUAUACAGAAAUGUAGUUUAAUAUCCAGGGGAAUUAGGGGAUAGUUUUAGGUUAGUUAUAUUAAUGAUGAAAUUCAAAAUAUUAUAAUGACAGAAAGCCCAUGUCUGGUAAGGAACUAUUUUGUGUGUAAUGAAUGUAUUUGUACAUGUUUUUUUGAAAUAUCAGGAGACACAUGGUAUUUGUUCAGCAACCUCCCUAGUGCAUUGACUGGCUUGAUCCGUGAUGCAGCAUUUCCCCCAUGCACGUGCAUGCGUGUGUGCGUGCAUGCGUGCAUGCGUGUG